GACCGAGCGCAAGUUCACAACACACAAACACGAGCGCGUUGAAAUCGGCGGCGGCGGGAUCCCUUUCUUCCUCCUUCCAGCCGACGCUUCCCACUCCCCCAUCCCCAAAUCUCCAUGUCCUUCCCUCCCUAGGUUACCCCUCCCGUUCCCGCCAUGUCGGCCGCCGCCGGGCCGUCCAUGUCGGCGGCGGACGGGCUCCUCGCGCUGGCGGAGGAGGCCGAGCGCCGCCGCGACUUCUCCACCGCGGCGUCGUGCCUGGAGUCGGCGCUCAGCCCGGCGCACGCCGCCUCGCUGCUCCCGCUCGCCGAGGCCCGCGCGCGCCUGCGCCUCGCCGGCCUGCUGCUCGCCCGCUCCAGGGGGCUCGCCACCGCCAAGGCCCACCUCGAGCGCGCGCUGCUCGUCCUCAACCCGCUCCCCUCCGCGCCGCCGCGGCUCAAGCUGCUCGCGCACUCCCUCCUCGCCAACGUCUACGGCCUCCUCGGCGCCGUCCCGUCGCAGAAGCACGUGCUCCGCCGCGGCCUCGCCCUCCUCGCCUCCGCAUCCGCGUCUGGCCUCCUCCCCGCCGAGCCGUCCCUCCUCUGGACCAGCAACUUCCAGGCGCAGCUCGCCUCCGCGUUCGCCGCCGAAGGUGACGCCGCGUCCGCCCUCUCCGCCCUGUCCGAGGGAGCCGCCGCCGCUACCGAGCUCGAAAGCCCACAGCUUGACCUCUUCUUUGCUGCUAACACUCUCCACGCCCAUUUACUCUGCUGGGAGGACAGCACCGCCGUUGCGGAUGCCGCUGCACGCGUCUCAGACCUCUGGGAUGCGCUCACGGACCAAGAGAAGGAGCACUGGGUUGGACUCUUCUUCUACACGGAGCUGCUGCAGACCUUCUACCUGCUCAGGAUCUGCGACUACAAGGCUGCCUCCAAGCACGUGGAGAGGCUGGACACGGCUGUCAAGAGCGAGAUGCAGAGGGGCCAGCGUAUUAAAGAGCUUGGUACUGAGCUUAGCGCGGUGGAGAGAUCGCUAGCACAGCCCGUGUUGAAGGAGAGGGAGAGGGCGGCGCUGCUGCAUAAGCAGGGGCAGCUGAAAGACCAGCUGCGAGCGUUGUGCGGCUAUGAUGCAUUGAAUGAUGUGCUGGAUUAUGGGGAUAAGUUGCUGCUGGCGCCACCGCCGAUGCAUGGGGAAUGGCUCCCACGGACUGCCGUGUUUGUGCUGGUGGAUCUCAUGGUCGUAAUGGUCAGCCGCCCAAAAGGCAUAUUUAGGGAAUGUGGAAAGAGAAUACAGUCAGGACUGCAGAUCAUCCAUGAGGAACUAUCGAAGCUUGGGAUCGUGGAUGGCGUGACAGAGGAAAAUUUGGAACACUCCGCGAUAUGGACGGCUGGUCUGUACUUGACGCUUUUGCUUCAGUUUCUUGAAAACAGUGUUGCUGUAGAACUCACAAGAUCAGAAUUUGUUGAAGCCCUGGAGGCUUUAGCGCAGAUGAAAAACUGGUUGACUCGUUUCCCAACGAUUCUGCAAGGCAGUGAAAGCACAAUUGAAAUGCUAAGGGGACAAUAUGCGCAUUCUGUUGGCUGCUUUGAUGAGGCUGCUUUCCACUUCCUUGAGGCAUUAAAGCUGACAGAGAACAAAUCAAUGCAAUCUAUGUGCCAAGUUUAUGCAGCAGUCUCCUACAUCUGUAAGGGGGAUGCGGAAUCAUCUUCAGAGGCACUAGAAUUGAUUGGUCCUGCUUACAGAACAAUGGACUCAUUUGUUGGUGUGCGAGAGAAGACCUGUAUCAUUUUUGUUUAUGGGCUUUUACUUAUGAGACAGCAGAAUCCACAAGAAGCACGGACUCGCCUUGCAAGUGGUUUGAAAAUAGCACACCAACAGUUGGGUAACAUCCAAUUGGUUUCUCAGUAUUUAACAAUACUUGGUACAUUAGCACUUCAGCUGCAUGACACUGGUCAGGCCAAAGAGAUCUUGAAGUCAUCGUUCACAUUAGCGAAGACACUGUAUGACAUUCCAACGCAAAUCUGGAUCUUAUCAGUAUUUACAGAGUUAUAUCGAGAAUUAGAAGAGAGGGGAAAUGAACUGGAAAACUCCGGGUAUGCAAGUAAGAAAGAAAUCGAUCUGCAGAAAAGAUUGACUGAAGCUCGCUCUCACCCUUUCCACCAGGAGCUGGUGGAGAAAGUCAGAAUCGAAAUCCAGCCGAUGCACGACCUGAUGCAUCACGAAAUGCCUGGCUCGGUGGCGAAUGCUGACUUAGACAUCCCGGAAUCGGUGGGGCUGUCCACCCCACAGCCUUCGUCCGUUAGAAGGUUGAUCGACACAAGCUCGGUGAGGCGCAGUACCAGGAGGAGGGUGUCGUAAGUUAUAUUCUGACCUGACUCUGGCCGUCUGGCAAAAUGGAGUACCAUGCUCCCCAGUCCCCACACAGGGCAUGUUGGAUACCUAUAGUAGUGUGACAGCCUGACUCCCCAUACAGGACAUGUUGGAUAGGCUAUAGGUUCCUGAGUUGUUGUCUUUUUUUUAGCGAAGUUGUCUUAACUAUUUAUCCCUGUAGUUGUAUAAUCAUUAUUGAUUCAUCUGUAAACACAGCAACUGUAAUUGAAUGAUUGAAUCUAAGUGUAUAUGUAGAAUCCACGUAGAAUCCUGAUUCGAGAUAA